AUGGACAUGCUGUACUUUGGCGACACAGUGCCAUAUGCUUACCCACCCUCUUACAAACAGGGAUCCUACUGCGAUUUUAACAGUGCGUGUGCCUAUCAAAAUGUUACCAAUUCUGGAGCCUGCAGAUUUAGUUCCGUACCUCCAUCUUAUGGACCCUACUCUCUACCACCCGCGGGAUGUAACGGAUUUUUUAGCAGAAAACCUACGCGUAUAAAAGGUCAUGGUGGGGUUAAUCAGUUAGGAGGUGUAUUUGUGAACGGGAGACCACUUCCCGAUGUGGUGCGACAGAGAAUUGUGGAACUGGCCCACCAGGGAGUUCGGCCAUGCGACAUCUCCCGGCAGCUCAGGGUAUCCCAUGGAUGUGUCAGCAAAAUUCUUGGGAGGUAUUACGAGACGGGUUCCAUUAAACCCGGGGUAAUUGGAGGUUCCAAACCUAAGGUUGCAACACCUAAAGUGGUUGAUGCUAUUACACGAUACAAACAUGAAAAUCCUACCAUGUUUGCAUGGGAAAUUCGAGACAGACUACUGGCCGAACAGGUGUGCACGUCCGAAAAUGUUCCAAGUGUCAGCUCGAUCAACAGAAUUGUACGUAAUAGAAUGGCAGACCAGGCCAAACUUGGUUCCCCAAGCCCGUCCAACGACGCCUCCAGUCCCCCUCUGUCACACACAUCUUCUCCUAAUGCAGAUUCUCUUCAGAGAACAGGAACUUAUUCAAUAAGUGGAAUACUGGGCAUUCCAAAUCAAAACGCUCAAAGUAUGGCUGACCCUUCCAGCGUAAAAAGAAAACGAGAGGACCAACCAGUUACAAAUGGGCAUGAACCGGAAGUAAAGACAGAACCAUUAGGCAAUAAUAACAAUGUCACAAAUGUAGAUAUGUGGUACGCGGCCCGUCCACCCAAACUAUCCCGCACUGAAAACGGAGCACCACAAGAACAUCAAACAGUGAUUUUACCUAACGGGGCACAGAUCUACACCCCAGGGGGUCAUCCCCCAACUUAUAAUGCUCAGUUCAUAACCGCAUCUACGUCAACAAAUGACAUUAAAACAGUGGAAUAUACGAUGCCGACUACCGCUAUGGCAGGGACAGUUACAAACACAGAAUCUCAAAACCCGACAGCCAAUUAUACUCCAUCUAUAGGUCAACCCAUAACCACGCCUAUAACCGUUAAUGCCCAGUCUGUGAGACCAGUCAUAGUAACUGUGACGGCGGAUGGUCGAAUUACGGGCGAGCACAUUCCUCCGGCAGAUUUUGUUGAAGCAAGCAACAGAAACAAUACAACUCCCUCCAAUAAUAACACUACCACGACAAACAACAACAUAACUACAAAUAUCACUGCUACAAACAACAAUAAUAACAACACAAAAACACCCUCCCCUAAGCCUGGAACCCCCUCCCAAGCAGGUGGAAGCAACCUGACAGAGCUUAAACCCGUACAGCCCACCCUCACUCAGCCCUACCAUACUCCGUUGCCGUCAUUUACGGGGCAGUUUACAAGUCAAGCUAACAGUUUUAAUUCUACAACGCAUGCAACAUAUCCAAGUCAACCUGUGGUGGGGACGGUCGUACCUCCUAUUGUUAUAUCAGGCGGGAAUUACACAUCCGGCACUGCGCCUACAGGCGGUGACUACUAUAACACGGCUGUGCCCUACACCCAAUACAACGCAGUAGGAACACCCUACACCACAGACCCGGCAUGGACAAUGAGAUACGGACCUGGCGGAAUACUCAAUACUCCAGCGUACUAUUACCCGCCAGGUGUGGCAGGAGGACGAACCGAGUCUAACACAACAGUGGCAACGGCGGCAGCAGCGGCGGCAGCCAGUCCCUCCAAGACGUAA